AACUAAUCUAUCUAAACAAAUUAAUAUGCCAGUAAAGAAAUAGUCAAUAAAUAUAUCACAAAAACAAAAAAGAUAAACCAAUGGCUUACUUCUUCUCACCAAAGUUAUCUCUCAGUUCAGAAGGAAGUUUCCUCCUUCAUUUUUGGAAUCUCCUGCAAGAACAAAACCAAGAAAUGCAUUGGCUCAAAGAAUUAAACUAAAUUUCACCAUGAAACAUUUCACCUUCUUUUUGAUCAUAUUAUUAUCAUCAUUCUCAUUCUCUCUAACAACAACACUCGCUGACAGAAGAAUCCUACACCAACCGUUAUUAAUUCCGGCAACUUCUGCUCCUCCGCCGGAAUUCUCUCCGCCUCCACCAGACAACACUCCUCCCUCUCCUGACAUUCCAUUUUUCAAUGAACUCCCAACCGGACCACCACCUCCUCCGGUGGCAAACAACCAGAACCUGCCGUCACCGUCAGGUUCAAAUGCCAGAAUUGCAAAUCCAACUGCAACAAAACCUACAAAACCCGCUAAGAAAGUUGCAAUUGCAGUUUCAGUGGCAUUUUCGUUAUUUGUUAUAUUCUCCGUUGUAGCUUUCUUCUUGUAUAAGCAUAGAAUAAAGCAUUCACCGGAAACUGAAACAAGGAAACUCGGCGGUGAGAAUUCCAAUAGAAUUCUAGAAGCUUCCACGCUGGUCCCACCACCUUCUACUUCAAGUUUUCUCUACAUUGGAACCGUUGUGGAGCCCAACGGAACUCCGGCGAAUGAACCUAACCGCUUUAACAAACUCAAUCCUAUCGGUAACCAUGACCGGCCGAGUCCUGAGUUGCAUCCCUUACCACCGCUAACUAAAUCUCUCGUCGUGGAUUCUCAUUCUCCACCGGCAGUGUCUUCUUCUUCCUCGUCGUCGGAGGAAGACAACCGUGAAACUCGAGAAACGGCGUUUCAUUCGCCGCGGGAAUCUUCUUCACUCAAUCUCAGUCAUGAAGAAAGCUAUUACACUCCGGUUUCGCGUCGAAGUCACGGAAGCCCUACCGCGCCGGUAACUGCAACUCCGGUGGUUCCGUAUUCGAAGAGAACUUCACCGAAAUCUCGAUUAUCAGGUUCGUCGCCGGAGAUGAAACGCGUCAUGAUACCGUCUAUAAAGCAUGCUCCGGCGUCGCCGUCAACACUUUUUCAGCACGGUUCUCCUAGAAGGCCGAAAUUCUCAUCGCCGCCACCGGCGCCGAAUUUGACGCAUCUUCAUUCAAACGACUCAAGGGAUUCACUUACACUUCCUCCACCUAGACCUCCGCCACCACCUCCUCCGCCGCGGGUGGUUAGUGUAUCUACUUCCUCUGUUCCAAGGAAUUACCAAUGGACUCGGUCUAUGAAGCAUGGAGAGGAUUCUGCAUCUGGUAACAGUGUAAAUGUGAAGAAAGCUUUAAAGGAAGAUGAUGAAAUUGAAAUGGAUGAAGCAAAACCUAAAUUGAAAGCUCUGCAUUGGGAUAAAGUUCGUGCUACUUCAGAUCGUGCUACUGUGUGGGAUCAAUUAAAAUCAAGCUCAUUUCAGUUAAAUGAGGACAUGAUGGAGACUCUGUUUGGUUGUAAUUCAUUGAAUUCUGCACCUAAACCUAAAGAGAUGUCUGUUACCAGAAAACCAGUUUUUCCCACUGUUGAAUUGGAGACUAGGGUUUUAGACCCCAAGAAGUCCCAAAAUAUAGCUAUUUUACUUAGGGCAUUGAAUGUCACAAGAGAUGAGGUGUCUGAAGCUCUUUUAGAUGGGAAUCCUGAAGGUUUGGGCGCUGAGUUAUUGGAAACUCUAGUGAAGAUGGCUCCGACAAAGGAGGAGGAGAUAAAACUAAAAAAUUAUGAUGGUGACCUUUCAAAACUUGGGCCUGCAGAAAGAUUUCUUAAGCAAGUGCUUGAUAUCCCUUUAGCUUUUAAAAGAGUUGAAGCCAUGCUUUACAGAGCUAAUUUUGAAACAGAAGUUAUUUACCUUAAGAAAUCCUUUCAAACCUUGGAGGCAGCAAGUGAGGAAUUAAAGAAUAGCCAAUUAUUCCUCAAACUUCUUGAAGCUGUUCUCAGGACAGGAAACAGAAUGAAUGUUGGAACCAAUCGCGGAGAUGCUAAAUCUUUCAAAUUGGAUACUCUCCUGAAACUUGCAGAUAUAAAAGGUACAGAUGGAAAGACAACAUUGCUCCAUUUUGUUGUUCAAGAGAUUAUCAGGUCGGAAGGGACAACAGGUGAAUCUGCAAGUGAGAAUGUUCAAAACCAAACGAAUUCUCAGUUCAAUGAGGAUGAGUUCAAAAAGAAAGGGUUACAGGUUGUGGCUGGAUUGAGUAGAGACUUAGGUAAUGUAAAAAAGGCUGCAGGAAUGGACUCGGAUGUCUUAAGCAGCUAUGUCAUAAAGCUUGAAAUGGGGCUUGAUAAAGUGAGAUCGGUUUUGCAAUAUGUAAAACCAGAUAUGCAAGGGAACUUCUUUAACUCAACAGAGAUAUUUAUGAAAGAUGCCGAAGAAAAAAUAUUAAAGAUCAAAGCUGAUGAGAUAAGGGCCUUAUUCCUUGUGAAAGAAGUUACAGAAUACUUUCAUGGGGAUACAACAAAGGAAGAAGCUCACCCUUUCAGAAUUUUUAUGAUUGUUAGAGACUUCCUAAAUAUUUUGGAUCAAGUCUGCAAAGAAGUGGGAAGGAUGCAGGAUAGAACUGUGACUGGCUCAUCGAGAUCGUUCAGGAUCGCAGCAAGUGCAUCGUUACCUGUUCUUAGCAGGUAUCGUGCAAGACAAGAUACAAGUUCAGAUGAUGAAAGUUUAUCACCCUAGUAUUGUGAAUAUGAAAUAAAAAAAACAAUACUUUCUCAAAGCAAAUCAACGACAAUAAUGUUUUCCCAAAUUUGAUUUAGUUUCCCCUUUUCCAUCAUUAGGCCCAUAGCUUUCGUUAAGAUUGAACAUUAAACACUUAUACGGAUGGUGGGGAAAAGAACUAGCUCUGACCCAUAUUUACAUUGAAGAUAUAUGUUAGUUAAGAUAAAUUCUUAUUAGAUUCGAGUCCCUUUUAUUUUCAUAUUA